AUGGACUCCACUAGAGCCCCAGCCGGUUCACCUGAUGCCCAAAUCUCACCGGGAAAGUCGAUCGCUUACUGGUCCUCGCAUCCUCCGACCGUCAACUCCAUGCUCGGUGGCUAUCCUCAGAUCUCACGUACCGACCUGCGCGGUUCCGCUGCUUUCUGGGCCAAGCUUCUCCGCCAGCAUCCCCCGUCCGCUCCCUCGCCUAUGAUCAGCGUAGACUGUGGCGCUGGCAUUGGCAGGGUGACGGCAGGCUUUUUGAGUGACAUCAGCUCUAUCGUUGACGUGGUCGAGCCUGUCGAGUCAUUUGCAAAGGAGACAGGGAAGCAAAAGCUUGAGGGGCAGGGGACUAUUGGCGAGGUGUUUGUAAAGGGAAUCGAAGACUGGACGCCAGAAAUGGGGAAGUAUGACUUGAUCUGGAAUCAAUGGUGCACCUUAUACUUGACCGACAAGCACUUGGUGGACUAUUUGAAGAGGUGUAGAGAUGCAAUUAAGCGGCCUGAUGGGUGGAUCAUAGUCAAGGAGAACACGACGAAAGAUAUCAGAGACGGUCAUGAUGGUAAGGAUGUAUACGAUGAGGAUGAUAGCAGUGUCACGAGGACAAAUGAGAAGUUGCUCGACAUUUUCCGGGACGCUGGGCUGACCAUCGUCGCAAAUGAGAUUCAGAAGGGGUUCCCUAAGGGAUUGGGACUGUACCCUGUGAGAAUGUACGCUCUAAGACCGGAGGCCAACAAGAAAUGA